UGCAGAAGAAGAUGAUUGACCAUCUUGAUCAAGAGUGGGCAUCCAUCAAAUCACAAUACUAUGGAGGUGAUGAUACAGAAGCUGAAGCAGCCCUACAUCCCUAUUUAAGGUUAACAGAUUCUUCUGAAUUUGACAAUUAUAUAAAGAAGUUGAAAUCAGAAUCAAACAAUCUGAAGAAAAUGAAAACUACCACUGGCUUCAACAAAGCCGACUUGGUUUUUUUAGCAGAAAAUGAGGUAUCAGAAGAUGUUAUUAGAAGGAUACAUUCCAAAAAUAUCGAAAAGAAUGUGAAAAUGUAUACGAUUCUGUCAACAUCCGAAAUAAAAGAACAGGCAGAAAAGGUUGGCUAUUUUGCAUAUGGCAAAAUAGCCUACACCUUAGGAAAACAAUCAGCAGAUCAAGAACUUAGAGAGGUUCAUAUUAUGUAUGUGGCCCAAUUUGGAACCAAGAAUGUUCGGGUAACAGCUGGAAAUAAGCCGUCAGAAUUGCUUCAGUUGAAGGAUUUUUCCUCUAUGGACUCACUUUUUAAAAUGUUUAUCAGCGAUGGUGGAGUUAUUUUUCUGAUGGCUUCAGAAAAAAAGAACCUUUUACCUAACUUUAAUUUAAUAAAUACUGAAUGUUUUGUGCAUGUCAAAUCUGAAUCAGAAAAAAAAUCACUGAAAAGAAAAUUUCAUUUCAUAGAAGAAUAAGUUAUUAAUAAGUAUAUUUUCAGAUUAGUACCACAGAAAAUUCCAACGAUUAUGAAGCUACAUAUAGAUUCUUUGGUAAGCUUCCUUGCUACCUCAAUCAUGAAAUCAUUAUUAGGUUAGGUAAACAAGCCUAUGGGUGGAGUUAACAGUUUAAUAGAGAACCAAUCAGAACUAGUGUCAGAAUAUAAACAUUGUAAAACUAGUUUUACUGGUCAGUUUAAAAAGAAGUUUUCAAUCUUAAUUUAGAAUUUAUUGAUAAUUAUAAUCUUAUUCCCAAGCAUGCUGUAG